AUGGAAAAAAGCAGCAGGCUGCACGGGCUCGAGCUCCAGCCGUCAAUCGAAUUUGACAACUACGAGGGGGGGGUCAAAAUGACGAAAAGGCUGAGCAUAAAGAACACCACGAAAAAGUUAAUACGGUUUAGGUUCCUCUUCCAAAGCAGCGUAUAUUUUACGUACCCUCUGCAGGAGGUAGAAAGCAUCAGUGCGGGGUUAAACAAAAGCUACCCCAUAACAUUCUUCAACCCUCUGAACGACUUCCAAACUGUGAGUGAAACGUUGAAUAUAGUGAUAGAAGACAAACAGAGGGACAAGAGAAUAGAGGUUCAUCUGAGGGCCACUCCUCUCAAAUGCGACGUCAUAUUACCCUCAGUCUUGCACUUCAAGGAUAUGGUAAUUAAGCAAAAGGGGAAAGAAGAGCUAGUGAUAAAAAACCAAGGUGCACUAAAUGCAGUGAUAAAAUUGACACACAAAUUCACAUCGAAGGAGAAAAAAGGAAAAAUAAAAGUGGAACCCUCUCAGUUUGUUUUAAAGUCUAGCCAAAAACAAAAUGUGCAAAUUAUACUAUAUUCAGAUUCCCCUCAAAAAUUUCAAGAGUGCUUAUCCUGCUCUAUCAUUGAAGUGCCAAAGGAUCUGGAAGCAAAAAUAUUUCCACAAGGUCCUAAGGUGACAAAUGCAACCUUGAACAAUGCAUGUGAAGACAGUGGGGAGAAAGGGGUGAAUGACAUAAUCCAAAUGAUCAACCAGGAAAAUGUGCAAGCGCGUUUAAUAAAAAAAAGAAUCCAAUUAAACUGGGUUGCCGUGUUGCCCCAAAUUAUUAUUCUCUCCGAUCAAGACAAGCAGAUCUUCCAUCAAAGCGUAGUCAACUUUGGUGAAGUGGCCUUAGGACAGCGACUUACCAGAUCGAUAUAUUUGCAUAACGUUACCAGUGCCCCCAUAACGGUGAAGGUGAAAAAGAGGAAUAAGAAGAAGGAGAAUGCGAAGAAGAGCAAUGUUUUCCACCUUUUAAAGGAACAAUUCACAAUAAAGGAAGGUUCCAAAGAGGAAAUAAUUUUUCACAUCAACGGGCAGAACCAAGUUAACCAAUACACAGAAAUGAUACAGUUCAAAGCAUGCACAGAUUAUUGUAUAGAAGUAUUCUUCAUUUGUGAAAUAAAAAAUGUGAAGUUACAUUUUACGAAGGUGGUCUACCUUUUGGAAAAUCUCAAAUUGGGAGAUAGCGUGACGGAAAAACUUACCAUCAGAAAUGAUGAUGACACAGAUGUUUAUGUCGAAAUUGUGAACCUUGGAUACAUAUUUAGUGCUAAGAGCACCAGUUUUGUUGUAAAAAAAAAUUCAUAUCACUUUGUGAAUCUUACAUACCAUUGUAUAUACCCUAUUAAUGUGUACAAGAGAUUAUAUUUUUUAGUUCAUUUGAAUAAGGAGAUUUUUUACGUUGACAUUAUUUGCAACUAUUCUGUUAGCUACAAAAUGUGUCCUCUUUCAAUGCACCACGUAUUUAGAAGUAAGCAUUUUAUCCAUGAUAAGCAGACCUUAUACAACUCUUACUAUGACAAGAAGGACUAUAUCGAUAUUUGGGACUUUCCCCUCGAGUUUGAUUCUUACGAGGAUUCCACCUAUGAGAUGAUAAAUGAGAUAGUUCUGGCGGACGACGGCGACCUCUUUGUAGUCCCCCAACAAUUGGAAAUCCUAGAAUCGGAAGAAAAAGACGUCAUGAUUAUAAACAAAACGCCCCUGGAGUACACCUGCGUGUGGUCCAACGCGGUGGACCAGGGGAGAGGAAAAUGCAGCAUCUUUCAGAUAUAUCCUGCGGAGGCUCAGCUGCUACCGUUUGGGUGCCAGACAUUUAGAGUAAAAAAUGCAAAGACGCUGAAGGAGAAAUAUACGAGGGAAGUAUACGAAUGCAUUGUCUUCCCUUCCAACAAUAGGGACUACAGGAAGUGUAACAGCAAGACCUUGUUGCUCCCUCGGUUCCUAUAUGUCACUCUUUUUCAGUUCAAAAUAAAGUACCUAUGUGAGACGGAGAAUAUUCUGGACAGCCUGUACGUCUACCCCAAACAGAUUUCCUUUUUGAAUAUUAUCGAAGAAGAAAACACUUACGCCGUGAUGAGGUUUGCGAAUAAUUCGGACGCCCCACAGAUGAUUGACUUCACUCCAUUCAAGGGGGAUGUGGAAUCGAUCAGAGUCGCUCCCCUAGUGAACUACGUACCAAGUAGGGGGUUCCUAAACGUCCUUAUCUCUUACUCUCCCAAGAAAGCACAGCUAACCGAGGGAGAAAUUAAACUACACUAUUUAGUAAAUGGCAUUGAAAAGAAACAUAUCUCCGUUUUCGUGUCGCAUGAGAUAAACAGCGUCUUGUUUAAUGGGGGAGAUCUCAACAUAAACCUACCGUGCGUAAGCACCGACACGGAGAGCUCCAAAAAAGUGGCUAUCGAAAACAUGACGGAGAGAAACGUCCUCUGCAUGCUAGUUAAGGAAGAUGCAACUUCAAUCCUGGGCAUUCAUAUGAAGGGAAAUAAUCCCCCCUUGGAAGUGCAAAGUGGAGAAGAACACAUACCCCAUAAGAAUGAUCAAGUGGAAGAAUUAAACAAAUGGCAAAUCCAAAACGGGAACCAAAAAAAAAAUGAAGGAAUUAGUUCACUUACAAAUGAGGAUAAAAAAUACACCUUUUACUUCUUCUGUUUAUUGCCCUUUGAAAAAAGGAACAUCUACAUCUGUGCCUGUUCCGAUUCUACGUUAACGAAAUCAGUUCCCCUGUUACUUUCAUACAUGCUGUACACAAAUCAGGAAGACAUGAAAAGCAAAUUUACGUUUAUAAAGAAGAACAUGAAGGAUCACAUCAAACGGUGCAAACGGUUCCUUGUGCACGUGAACAUAAUCAAGUGCGCUCUGACUCUGCACCCCAAAGUGCUUGAGAGCGAGCCGAUCAUCGUGGGCUCGAAGUUUAACGCAAAGAUAAAGAUUCACAACGAAAACCCCGUUAAAGUAAAUUUUAAAACAAAGACUGAAAUUGUCCAAAUAGACAACAGGAGAAUAUUUGAUGAAGAAGAAAUUAAGGAGGCAGACAGAAAUGUUGUAGUGGAAAAAAAAGAAGAUGUGAUUAAUUCCUUUUCGGGCAAAUAUGCUUACGUUUCUUUUAAGACCAACCAGCAGGGACGUUUCGUCUAUCGCUUCUGCGUCAUCGUGGGAGGAUAUAAGAAUUACGUCGACAUUGUACUGAAAGUGGUGAUGCCGUAUUUCCAAAUUAUCGACAUAAAUGAUUUUAAAACACCACAAUCCAUAUACUGGAAUAUGACUUCCGCGGAUAGGAUAAAUUCCUACUUAAAGGAAGACAUAUCCACGUUAGAUACAGAAUAUAAGAAAAGUCAAGGGAUGGAGAAUAUGAAAAAGCUCUUCAACCAGUUUGACUACAUACCAUUUAAUAUUGGAAACAACACGCUCAACGAGGUGACAAGAGUAAACAUGGUUUUAUUUAACCCACUCAAUGUGCCACUGAAGAUUCAUAUAAAUAGCAUAAAGUCGUACGUUCUUCCUGUCUUACCGCCCUACGUCAAAAAUGAGGAGGAACAGCUGGCUCACCUUCUCUACGUAGACAACGCGUACCGGAACUUCAUGAGAUGCCUGGAUUGCUGCAAAAUCACCCCCACCAAUUUUGAAAUAAAAGAAAAAGGAACAAAAACCAUCACCCUAUUUUAUAAACAUAAGUACAUUGGGCUCCACAAUAUGCCCCUGAUAAUUGACGUGGAAAAUGGAAAAGUGCUUGCCCUUAAUUUGACCUCCCUGACAUUUUCCCCUCGAGUUCCCCCUAUAUAUUUGAUGAACGUGAAGGAUCUGAAUGAACACGUCUUGGGCCUGAAAAACGAGUGCAUCAUAAACAUUGACCUCCUGAAUGAUAGCGAAUUGGAUAUCCAUUAUGCCGUAGAGCGGUGCAGUCAUUUGGUGGUUUUAAAUCCCAAGGGGGUUAUCAAAAGGCGCAAGUACAUUUCCCUCUUCGUUUUGGUUUCUAGACUUUCCCCGACUAUAAUUAACGAAACGUUGAUACUGAAGCCGCACUUUAGGCACCUGAACAGGGAUAUAGAGCUAGACAAAGUUACGAUAGAACUCACGCUAAACAGCACAUCCGAUAAUGUGUACAAGGAUGCUCACAAAACGAUCAACGUUUUCAACAACAAAUGUAUUGGUGAUUUCCCUGGGCAAGGUAUCAAGACGUUCUGCUCCAAUUUCGUCCCCGCCUAUUCAUACAUAUACGCUCAGAACAAAUUGUUCUAUGUCUCACCAAGCUCGAUAAAUAUACUCUAUGCCCCGACUAACUCCAUCGUUGAACGGAUUGUAAUAAUAAAAAAUUACUCAUCAUCCAGGAAUCUAAAAUUUAAAAUACCUAGCAAAAAUACUCUUCCAGGAAAUGUUUUAAAAAUAACUCCCAACAAAGGAGUUGUUAAAAGGGAGGGACAUAUCAUCCUCAGGCUUACCUUCAUUUUGAGUGACAUAUUGUUAGACAUCGAGGGAAACAUUCAGAUAGAAUUCAAGUACGUAGAAGACCAAUUGAUUUCGCAAGGGAAGAAUGAAGAGGACAGGUGCAACAUUGGUGAUGUCUCAGAAGAGAAAAUUGAAGAGGUGUAUGAAGAUACGAGGGACAAACAGGGACGAACAAAAGAGCCCAAAACUUUACAAAUUUCCAAAGCCAAGAAGGCAACAAAAUUCGAUGAUCUAACCUUCUCCCAUGCACAAAAAAUAUUUGAGAACAUCCAGAUGUUCAAAUAUGCCUACGACAAUGUCAACACCAACAUGCUACAGAAAGCUGUACGGCGCCUUUACGGUGUUAAAAAUGGGGAACCUUCCAAAGAAGAAAACCCCAAGGAGUCUAUCAAACAGGGGAUUAAAGAUUUUCCCAAGUUUUAUUUUUACAUUCACGUGAAGUUAUUCACUUGUAACUCCGAUGAUGUGGCAACGGCAAAAAAUAACUUUGAGAAUUUGGUCAGAACUAAUAUUUACCCCCAGCACUUGUACUUUAAAAGAUACAUCAGUCUACCCAUUCCUCUGGAGGACAAAUCGAAAAGCUUCUUUAAAAGACACUACUUCGAUUUCGACAAACUGGAAAAGCCAAUGGGGAAGGAGAGCAAUCAGGAUGGGAAGGGGAACAGGACCCUCAGUCCGGAGGAAAUUGCGUGUUAUAAGAGGGAUAUUUACGCGUGCAUGUUCACCGAAAUGUUCAAGAGCAUAAUCGAGAAAGACAUCAAGAAUCACAUUGCCAUUCUUUCCGACAUCAACGCAUGCUCCAUUCAGACGAUUGAGAGCAUUCUUCGCGAGGAUAUAAUUGACGCCAUGUCAAAAACAAAGAGAACAGACUGCAAUUUUCAAAUGAAGAGCGACUAUACAUUUUUGAAGCCAACAAUUUUAUCUCACUUUUUUUCGCAUAUGUUUUCGGACAUCAUUGGAAGUCUUUUGGGUGAUGCGAGUUUAUUUUCCAAAAAUGUGGACUGA